CGCUAGUGUUUGUUAAUGCCUGCCCUUCCCUACUGUAUGUGCUACAACAUAAAAGAGAUCAACAACAUCUUGAGAGUCAGACAGCAUCCUGUCACAAGCAGUUGGCCGAGGAGGAACUACCUUUACAAUACGACAGUGUCUUUGCAGACAAGAACCCAAAACAAAACCUCUUCUAGAAUGUCAAGCUCUUUGGUUGUGUGCGAGGUGGAUGAGAGUCUGAAAGAAAAACUGAAGAAGUUUAGAUUUCAAAAAGAGACCAACAAUGCAGCCAUCCUGAUGAAAAUUGACAUGGAGAAACAGCUUGUGAUCCAGGAGGAAGAGUAUGAGGACAUCUCCCUGGAUGACCUGAGGAAUGAACUUCCAGAGCGGCAGCCAAGAUUCAUUGUUUACAGUUACAAAUACAUCCAUACAGAUGGCAGGGUGUCCUACCCGCUGUGUUUCAUAUUCUCAAGUCCAGUGGGGUGCAAGCCUGAGCAGCAAAUGAUGUACGCAGGUAGCAAGAACCAACUGGUCUCCGCAGCAGAGCUCACAAAGGUUUUUGAGACGCGAAACAUAGAUGACUUGUCUGAAGAGUGGCUGAUAAACAAACUGUCUUUCUUUCGCUGAAUAGACACUUGUGUUCACGUUAGCAAAAGUGCAUGUAUUGAACAUAACUUCAUUACUGGUUUGCAAUAAAUUGCUUAUAGUGUCA